AUGAAACGACUUGGAUACGGAUACGGAUUCCUAGGUCUGCUGCUUCUACUUCACCUAAUCGUUCUCGGAGCACAGGGACAGCGGAUUCAGCCUCGAAUAGUGGGUGGCACCACCACAUCGCUCUCCAAUGUGGGAGGCUUCGUGGUGAACCUCCGCUACGAUGGCACUUUCUACUGCGGCGGCACCCUGGUGAGCAGCAUGUACGUGGUGACGGCUGCCCACUGCCUGAGUGGCAACCAGGCCGGCAGGAUUACGGUCCAGGGCGGCGUCAGCCAGCUCAGCCAGACGGGCGUGGUCCGUAGGGUGGCCAAGUACUGGAUACACAGUGGCUACAGCAGCUCCAGCCUCAACUGGGACGUGGGCGUGAUCCGGCUGCAGAGUGCUCUCACGGGUAGCGGGAUUACCACGAUUCCACUGUGCACAGUGCAGUGGAAAGCCGGCGACUAUAUGCGAGUCUCCGGCUGGGGCGUCACCCGCUAUGGGAACUCCAGUCCCUCGAACCAACUGCGCACUGUGCAAAUCCAACUGAUCCGCAAGACGCUCUGCCAGACGGCCUACAGGAAUCGGGAAACUCUCACGGGCAACAGUUUCUGUGCCCGAUCUCCCGGCAGGGAUAGCUGCACUGGAGACUCUGGUGGCGGAGCCAUCUACAGGAGCCAGCUCUGCGGCAUUGUCUCCUGGGGUCUCGGCUGCGCCAAUGCCCAGUAUCCUGGGGUCUACACGAGUGUCCAUCGGGUGCGCAACUUCAUCACCAGCUGCAUGAAGAAGAAGUGA